CUUGGAGAAUGGCCAAGAUCGGUAAAUGUGGAUACAUUAAUUCACCGGUGCCUGUGUCUCACUCGCUCGUCUUCUUCCCUCGUCCAACCCACAGCAGCUGGAGGAAGACACUUGAGUGAGUGGCCUCCCUCCCUCAAGUGCUCGGUCCUGAUUCCAGUCGUUCGCGUGGGCCCUGGGCACAGCAACAGAAUGAAGCAUCGCCCACCAUGAUGUCAAUUUUUCUCAUGCUGGCAUCGGCCAGUCUCGCCCUCGCAGCCCUCGAUGUCGACCUCACGUCAACAGACUCAAUCAGGUCCGCCGCCAAACAAGUCGCCACCAACCUCAUGUCCUACUACCGAGGUGACCAGCCCGGCCAGGUCCCUGGCAUUCUCCCGGGCCCACCUCCAGACGGCGACUACUACUGGUGGCAGGGUGGUGCCUUAUGGGGCGCCAUGAUCGACUACUGGUUCGUGACAGGCGACACGGAAUGGAACGAUGCGGUAGAGCAGGGCCUCGUCUUCCAGUCCGAGUACAGCUACAUGCCCAGGAACUGGUCCAUCUCGCUGGGAAACGACGACCAAGGGUUUUGGGGGAUGAGUGCGAUGCUCGCAGCCGAGAUGAACUUCCAAAAUCCGCCGCCCGAGUCGCCCCAGUGGCUGGCACUUGCCCAAGCCGUCUUUAACACCCAGGCAGCACCCGACCGACAUGAUGAAUACUGCAACGGUGGUCUGCGCUGGCAGAUUCCUCCAUCCAAUCGUGGCUAUGAUUACAAGAACAGCAUCGCGAACGGCAUCUUCUUCAACCUCGGCGCACGGCUUGCCCGAUACACGAACAAUGAAACAUAUGCAAAUUGGGCGAUAGAAACGUGGGACUGGAUGCAAGGUGUAGGAUUCAUGGACGAGUCCUACAACAUCUUCGACGGAGCACACGUUCAAUAUAACUGCACAAAUAUCGAUAGGGCGCAAUUCUCGUAUAAUGCUGCCGUUUUGCUGCAAGGCGCGGCAUUCAUGUACGAUCAUACGGACGGUUCGGAUCUCUGGCGCGGCCGCGUCCAAGGCCUGGUCAAUCAGACUAUCAACAUCUUUUUUGCGGAUGGCCCGGCCAUCGAGCGGUCAUGUGAGCUCCCGGAGAGGAUCAGCUGUACGACCGAUAUGAGAAGCUUCAAGGGAUACCUGCACAGGUGGAUGGCGAGCACCGCGCAGCUGGCGCCCUUCGUGCACGACCAGAUCAUGGACGCGUUGCGGAACAGCACCGCAGCCGCCAUAAACUCGUGCACGGACGGGGUAGACAACGGGCACGGCGUCACGACGGCGACAUGUGGGUUUCGCUGGACGACGGGCGACUUUGACGGGGACAUGGGCGUCGGCGAGCAAAUGAACGUGCUGGGGGCACUGACCAGCCUCCUAUUUGACCUCCAAAGGAACGAUCUUGGUGGGCCAGUGACCAACUCGACCGGUGGCACGAGCGUGGGCGACCCCAACGCGGGCGAGGAGCCCGACUACAUGAAGCCCCAUCCUCCACCUGAGGCAGGGGACAAGGCCGGUGCUGCAAUCAUCACAGUUUUGCUGCUUUCUUCCAUGUUGGGUAUGUUGACCUGGAUGAACUCGAACCGUUUUGGAGGAUGAUCGAACGUGCAGGUGUCUUUACCCGGAGGCGACCUCGAGGGUUGGGAGAUCAUGUCCCCUGCUUGCUCAUGCAAUCUUCUUAUGGAAGCUACCGACAAGAUUACUCCUCAAAAAUAGACACGAGGGUUUAUUGCUUCA